CCAACACCCUUUUCACCUGCCAUCAUUUUUCAAUGCUAGGUAAAUCAAAUCAGUGGCAAAACCCCAGGAAAAAAAGAGCAUGGUGUGAGUUAGUACUGGUAUACCAGAGGUAGAAGAAGAGGAGAGUGAUUUGUAUAAAAGAAGGGUUGUGUAUGGUUUUAUGGUUUUUUGGGUAGUAGAUUACUUUUACUUCAGUUUCAUGUACGCUUGAAGGGUUCUGAGAAGCCGGGGUUUAUGGGUUUGAGGGGGUUUUUGGGUAGUGGAGGGUUUAUUUUCUUACAUGUUUGACGGGUUCUGAGGGCUGAGAUUUUUGGGUUCAGUUUCAGCUGUUAUGGAGUUGUUCUAUUCUUCAUUUGCUGAUUUGGGUCGGGAAUUUUCUGAGGGUUUAAGCUACAAAUUCGAGGAUGAAUGUUGCUUGAGUUGCAUGCUUGGCGUGGAUUCUCCUGUGCAGAGGAAUCAUAGCCUUUCCCAAUGAGUUUUUCCUAAAAGUUUUGGAAUCCGAUGAUCAGUUUCCAGUAGGUGUUUGACAUUGUAUUCAAUUCUUUCAAAGGUGUGUGGGAUAGUGUUCAAUUCUUUCAUUCUUUUACAGGGUGGGGUGUUGCAGAUUCUUCAUUGCAUUCUUUAUUUUUCAUAUAGAGACACACGUAUGAACGUUUUUAAUUGAUUUUAUUCACUUCGUUUCGUGUAAUUCAUCGGAUUCCAGUCGGGUUAUGGUUUUUGAUUUGUUUAAAUUUCACACACUCACAUAGUCUGUCUCUCUUUUCAGAUUUACAUGCACAUUUUCAUAUAAUUUUACAGAAAUUUAUACAGAAAGAUCAUACAUUGCAUAGUUCACAAGUUAUAGAAACAAAAAGAGAGAUAAGCAGAUAGAGAAAAAAAGGGUGGGUGAAUUGAAAGUUGAAUAGAAAAAAAAAAGAAGAGAAAAUUGGAAGAAAAUAGAGAAUGUUGGCUGGGUGUUCUACAUUGUUGUCGCCCAGACAUAGAUUGAGGAGUGAAACAUCUGCACAGUUUCAAGCUUGCCAUUUCCAGUUACCUUCAAUGAGCACACAGAGAUUGGAUUUGCCAUGUAGCUUCCCCCGAAAAGAUGCUUCACGGUCGCAGCCCAUUAGGCCGGUCGGCCUUUCUGUGGAGAAGUCCAUGGAAGCCAAGACUAGUACUUGUUCUCUCAAGCAGAAUAUUCGGCUCCCACCUUCAGCAACCAGUGCUCAGACCACCUUCAUCGAAGGAAGGAGGGAGAUCAAAGAUGAGUUUUGGGAGAAAGGUAAGAGUUUGAAGAGGUUUGCUGAGCAGGGUUCAGUGGACGAGUCCUGCAUGAGCAGAGCCAAGAGAAAAAGGAGAAGUGACACUUAUGGGAAAUCUGAUGAAUCUCUGGAAGGCGGCGGCCAAAGCUUGAGCUUAGGCCAACUGGGUAGUGGGAAUUUUUGGUUUCAGCCAAGUUUUGGGGUGCCUAGAUCAGUUCCAGGCGUUGGAAACAACCCUCAAGUUUCUUUCCCUCUGACUUGUUCAGGAGAGGAAGAGAGGGUCUGUUUUGUGCCUAGUGAGGUGAUUUCCCCACCUCUUCCAUUGUCAAACAAUCCUUGGCUGGAAUCUGUAGUGACUGAGAUUACAAGCCUUGGUGACAAUGAUUUGGAGACCAGCCAUGGAGUUGUUAAGGAAGCCUCCGGAUCCAGUAAUUCUUCAGAGAGCCAUCCCUUGGCCCUUAGGCUACAUGAGAGCACUGUAGAGCAGGAAAUCGGUAAUGGGUCGAGCCUACCUCACCUGCAUGAAGGCCCUAAGAUGUCAGGGGACGACGAGAACAACCAAGGGGAGCAUCAAGGUUUCGAGCUCAUCAGCCUGCUUAUGGCUUGUGUUGAAGCAAUUGGCUCAAGGAACAUGGCUGCCAUCAGCCAUUUCAUAGCUAAAUUGGGGGAUCUUGCCUCUCCAAAAGGAAGUCCUAUAAGCCGUGUUACUGCUUACUUCACAGAAGCUUUAGCUCUGCGGGUCUCAAGGCUUUGGCCUGCUAUCUUCCAUGUUACUACCCCUCGAGAGCUUGAUCGGGCAGAUGAUGACACUUGGACUGCACUGAGGCUUUUGAACCAGGUGAGCCCAAUUCCAAAAUUCAUUCACUUCACAUCCAAUGAGAUUCUGUUGAGGGCUUUUGAAGGAAAAGACAGGGUUCAUAUCAUAGAUUUCGACAUUAAGCAAGGGCUUCAAUGGCCUAGUUUGUUUCAGAGUUUGGCCUCUAGGACUAAUCCCCCGAGCCACGUUAGAAUCACUGGCGUAGGCGAGUCUAAACAAGAACUGAACGAAACAGGAGAUAGGCUUGCAGGUUUUGCUGAAGCAUUGAACCUUCCCUUUGAAUUCCAUCCGGUGGUGGACAGGUUGGAAGAUGUGAGGCUGUGGAUGCUUCAUGUGAAGGACAAGGAAAGUGUGGCUGUGAACUGUAUUUUCCAACUGCACAAGACUCUUUAUGAUGGCAGUGGAGGAGCCCUCAGGGACUUUCUAGGCCUAAUCCGGAGCACAAACCCCAGUAUUGUUCUUAUGGCGGAGCAAGAAGCUGAGCACAAUGAACUCAGCUUGGAAACAAGAGUUUCUAACUCACUGAGAUACUACUCUGCCAUAUUUGAUUCAAUUGAUUAUAGUCUUCCAUUGGAUAGCCCAGUGAGGAUGAAAGUAGAGGAGAUGUUUGCUCGGGAAAUUAGGAAUAUAAUUGCAUGUGAAGGAAGUGACAGGGUAGAAAGGCAUGAAAGUUUCGAAAAGUGGAGGAAGCGGAUGGAGCAAGGAGGGUUUCGAUGCGUGGGGAUCAGCGAAAGGGAAAUGCUUCAGAGCCAAAUGCUGUUGAAGAUGUAUUCCUGUGAGAAUUAUAGUGUUUCAAAGCGAGGCCAAGAUGCGGCGCUUACUCUAAGUUGGCUAGAUCAGCCUCUUUACACGGUCUCAGCAUGGACUCAGGUGGAUGUUGCAGGCAGCUCUUCCUCUUUUUCUCUGCCAAGUUGAUCCGGAGGGGUUCUUCUUCUUCAUGCAUACCAUCACUUUACAUUCCAUUUUCGCGUACAAAAGGGAAACUAAAUUCUUUGUAGGUAGAAGAAGCAUUUCAUUCUUUCAUUCUUUGGUUGCAGAUAAGAUUUCAGUCUGAUAGGCAAGAACCAAUUUCUACAGAUACAGUAGCUUGAUACGGAUGUCAGUUCUUCUCAGGCCAGAGUUCUAGGUUUCAGUCCUUAGUAUUUGUUGUCAAUUUGUUUUUAUUCUUUGAUUCUUUAUGUAUGUUGAAAUUCUUUCUUAGUCAUGUAUGCCGAAAUUCAUUUUUAGUCAUAUGUAAUUCUAUUUAUUUAUUUAUUUUCAUCACUUGUCAGGA